UUUACCUUAAACCCUUGGCGGACCGUGGGCCCAGGAGCCGGGCGGGGCCUGCUGUGGCCUGAGGAGCGUGGACAGCAGAGCGUCUGCUGGGCUGGUGCCGGCGUGCCCCGGCGGUGCGUUCCUCCGGUGCCGGCGUAGUCCCGCCUUCAGUUGGGGACCCGCCUCCUCCCGUCCGGGCCAGGCUGCCCAGCCUCAGCGUAUCCGGCGCGUAUCCGGCCUCCGACAGCUGGGGAGAGCUGGCGAGCAGCCAGCCAGCUCUCUGUCGGUGGUUUACAUACCCGACCAGCGUCCUUUCCACCCUCCUCAGGGCUUCCCGAACGCUGACGUGGAGCACCCGGCUCUGAAUCCCUAUGGAGAAGUUUGGGAUGAGUUUCGGGGGCGGCCCGAGCAAGAAAGACCUGCUGGAGACCAUAGAGACUCAGAAGAAACAGCUCCUCCAGUACCAGGCACGUCUCAAGGAUGUGGUCCGUGCCUAUAAAAGCCUGUUGAAAGAGAAGGAGGCUCUCGAAGCCAGCAUCAAGGUGCUGUCAGUAUCCCACGAGGCGGAUUUGGGCCUUGCAGGUGUCCAGCCUCCUGGCCUCUCCUUUCCUGACUCCGUGGACGAUCGGUGCUCCACUCACAGCGAGGAUAGUACUGGGACCGCCACCAGCUUGGAUACUGCAGCCAGUCUCACCAGCACCAAGGGUGAGUUUGGGUUAGAAGAUGACAGACUGGCCCGUGGACCACCACCUCCAAAGUCUGAAGAGGCCAGCGGGUCAGAGAGUGGUGUUAGCAGUAGCAGUGGGGAUGGGCUACCUGGGGGUGGAGAGGUAGAUAAACGGCUUCACCAGCUGAAGACUCAGUUGGCUACUUUGACCAGUUCACUGGCUACAGUCACCCAGGAGAAGUCUCGCAUGGAGGCUUCUUACCUGGCUGACAAGAAGAAGAUGAAACAGGACUUAGAGGAUGCUAGUAAAAAGGCAGAGGAGGAGAGAAGCCGCCUGGAGGGAGAAUUGAAGGGGCUGCAGGAGCAGAUUGCAGAAACCAAAGCGCGUCUUAUCACACAACAGCAUGAUCGGGCCCAAGAGCAGAGUGACCAUGCCGUGAUGCUGCGAGAACUCCAGAAGCUGCUGCAGGAGGAAAGAUCCCAGCGCCAGGACUUGGAGCUUCGGUUAGAGGAGACCCGGGAAGCCCUGGCCGGGCGAACAUUUGCAGCUGAUCAGAUGGAAGGGUUUGAGCUGCAGACCAAACAGCUGACUCGUGAGGUGGUGGAGCUGAAAGGUGAGCUGCAGGCUCUUCGAGAUGAGAAGAGUCGGCCAGAUCCCCUGCUGCAGGAGCUUCAAGAAGAGGCCGCUUGCCUCAAGAGCCAUUUCCAGGCUCAGUUGCAGCAGGAAAUGAGGAAGACUGCUCUUGCCGAGGACCAGCUGCGCCAGCAAUCUCAGGUGGAAGAGCAGAGGGUGGCAGCCCUGGAGAAUCAAAUAUCUGAAGUGUCAGAACUGCUGGGCACUUAUGAGAAAGCCAAGCAGAAAGACCAGCUGACCAUCCAGAAGCUGAAGGAGCGCAUUCUGCAGCUGGACCUGGAGAACAAGACGCUGGCCCUCGCAGCCUCUAGCCGGUCCCCUCUAGACAGCCAUGGAGAGGAGUCCACGCUAGACGUCAACGUUCUGAGGGAUAAGAUGGAGAAGCUGAAGAAGCUAUUGCAGGUCGCUGCCAGGAAAAGCCAGGUGACCCUGGAUGUGGAGAAGCUCUGUGACUUAGAGAUCAUGCCCAGCUCAGAGGCUGCUGAUGGCGAGAAGGCCACUGCACUCUACUACCAACAGGAGCUGAAACAGCUGAAGGAGGAGUUUGAGAGGUACAAGACAAGGGCCCAGGUCGUCCUUAAGAACAAGAACACCAAAGACGGCACUCUAGCCAAGGAGCUGGAGGAAGCUCAGGAGCAGCUCGCCGAGCUGAAGGAGAAGUACAUCUCUCUGCGGCUGUCGUGCGAGGAGCUCGAGCGGCAGCACCAGCAGGAGGCCGAGGACUGGAAGCAGGAGCUGGCCAGACUGCAGCAGCUCCACCGGCAGGAGCUGGAGAGGAGCCAGCUGGACUUCAGGGACCGCACUCUGAAACUGGAGGAGGAGCUGCACAAGCAGAGGGACCGCGCUCUGGCCGUGCUGGCUGAGAAGGACUUGGAGCUGGAGCAGCUUCGUUCUGUGGCCUUGGCAUCUGUGUUGCCAGGCCGCAGGAGCCCUGUGGGUGGCAGCAGUCCUGGGGACACGGCUGACCCAUCUUCCCCAGACAGCCUGACCCACGCACUACAGCUUGCUGCGGCCAAUGAGCCCACUUUCUUCCUGUACGCAGAGCAGCUGGCCCGCAAGGAGGUGGAGAUCACCUCGCUGAGGAAGCAGAAACACAGGCUGGAGGUCGAUGUGCAUCAGUUGCAGGAUCGGCUGCUGGAGCAGGGGGAGCGGCAUCGAGAAGAGGUUGGAGCCCUGCAGAGCCACAUUGAGAAGAACAUCAGGGACCAGAGCAGGGAGGGAGCCAACCUGGAGUACCUCAAAAACAUCAUCUACCGCUUCCUGACCUUGCCUGACACGCUGGGCCGCCAGCAGACGCUCACCGCCAUCCUGACUAUCCUACACUUCAGUCCAGAGGAGAAACAAGUGAUAAUGCGGCUCCCAACCGGUGGUGGCUGGUGGCCUUCCGGCAAGAGAUGAUGCCAUUGUCACUGACUCCUGAAAUUUCUGUGCCUCUUAAGUGGGAAGGGACAGGCUCUGGUUUCUGCCGCCUCUUCUCUCACUUUAUCGUUUAUUUCUUCACUGUGUUCAACUGGGAGGAAUCUUCAGUGUGGGAUGGGAUUUUUCUGCCAAAUGCCAUUAAUGCCACUGUAUCCUUGGGCCCUACAGAUAACUUGAACUGCCAGGGCUGCAUCUUCUGGUGUUUGUGAGGGCUCUCAGGAGAAAGAUUAUGAAAGGUUAUUGGGAGGAUGUGAGAAUCUUUUAAAAUGCAGGUUUUUGUUUUACUGCUAUGCUCCUGGUGCAAAGCUAGGAGUAAAUGUGACUCCCAGGGGAGUUUCAGUUACUUUGUCCACACGUGCAUGGAGUGGCUUUCCACUCCAUCGCAUCACAGUCCGUGUCUGAUCCCCUGCUGUCCCAAUUCUCUGGGGGAACCAAGAAGUUUCAAAUAGUGACAAGACUGUUAGUCAGAAGGACCAAAGAACAGUGAGUUGUUCCUUGUCUAGUGAGGAAACGUUUGAGGGUGACUUCUAUCAGUCACCAAAGCACACCACUUGUGACCAGCCAAGGGCCCCAUGUGCCAACUUGAUCUUUGGGGUUACCUGAGUGACCUGCUUUGGGCCUGGGUUAUAGUAGAUCCCUUGGACUUAACCCUGCCUUAAACUGCCCACCUAAAGUUGGCCUGAGAGUGUGAGUAAAUAAUGUUUUGUUCUCUCCCAGUGUUGAACUUCCAUUAAGAGAACGCUAGCUCCUCUCCGAGAAGGGUUCCAGUCAGGAAGCUCUGAUCCUGCAGGAGAUGAGGUAUUGAUGCAGAGAUUUGCCCCUUUUGUUUCUGCCUCAGUAUGCACAAGGAAGAAGAGGGAGCUUUGCUGCAGAGGAUUUCAGAAGAUUGUCAUGACCUCCCAGGAAAGUGGUGGAAGUUCAGCCCAGCCUGGGCCGGUCUCCUUCAGCCCCAAGGCAUUUUGGCUCAAUAUCCUGUCCCUGCAGCAAAGUGCUCAUUGUUACUUUCACUGGGGUAUUUUGCCUGUUCCUGGAGGGGGGGUCAUUGGCUUAGGGAGUUUCAGGCCACAGUUCUCCCCGACACUUCUUUCCUCCUUCCUGGAAGUUUUGUGUAUUUGGUCUUAUGAAGUGGAUUCAUCUUGUACUUAGGAAACUUAGGAAGCGUUUUAUCCAGGAAGUCUGGAAAGGAAGGGCCAGAAAAAGCAGGUGGAAGCUAUCAUUUUCCCUCUUCUUUCAUUUCCCUGGUUUUAGAGCUCUUUGGACCUAAAGAUCAGUGCUUUGCCACUCACUGGACUAACAUGUACUUUUGUGUUAUGUUGUCAGAGAGAUCUGUUUUGUGAGGGUUUGGGAUGCAGAUGACUUUGAUUAAAUGUUCUGAUUGGGAUACUGGGUGACUUAGACUAUCUAAAAGCAGGGAGCAGACUUCUGGAACAAAAGUGAAGUGUUCAAAUGAUAGCAACAUAAACCAUGGAAUCAUUAAACUUGAACAGCUUUACCUGUC